GACUGACACCGACUCCUACUCGGGGGGGAGGAGGAGGGGAGGAGGGCAGGCGGGAGGAGGGCGCGAGCGGCCGAGCGCGGAUUGGCAUCGCCCAGCCCCAGACGGCAGGACCCCCGAGCAGGAUGGCAGAGAUGCAGGGGCUCGUGGAAAGACUGGAGCGGGCCGUCGGCCGACUGGAGUUGCUAUCUGCAGGGUCGCACCGGCCUUCUGGGGACUGUGGGGAAAUUAACGGUGUCAACGGAGGUGUGGCACCCUCGGUGGAGGCCUUUGAUAAGCUGAUGAACAGCAUGGUGGCUGAGUUUCUAAAGAAGAGUAGGAUCCUGGCUGGUGAUGUAGAGACUCAUGCCGAAAUGGUGCAUAGUGCUUUCCAGGCCCAGCGAGCUUUCCUUCUGAUGGCCUCUCAGUACCAGCAACCCCAAGAGAACGACGUGGAUGCACUUCUGAAACCAAUAUCGGAAAAGAUUCAGGAGAUCCAAACUUUCAGAGAGAGAAACCGGGGGAGUACAAUGUUUAAUCAUCUCUCGGCUGUCAGCGAAAGCAUCCCUGCCCUUGGGUGGAUAGCUGUGUCCCCCAAACCUGGUCCUUAUGUCAAGGAGAUGAACGAUGCUGCCACCUUUUACACUAACAGGGUCUUAAAGGACUACAAACACAGUGAUUUACGCCAUGUGGAUUGGGUGAAGUCGUAUCUGAACAUUUGGAGUGAGCUUCAAGCGUACAUCAAGGAGCACCAUACCACAGGUCUUACUUGGAGCAAAACAGGUCCAGUAGCAUCAACUGCAGCAGCAUUGUCUGCCCUCUCCCUUGGGCCUGGCCUUCCUCCACCCCCACCUCCUCCACCUCCUCCAGGGCCACCUCCACUUUUUGAGAGUGAGGGCAGAAAUGAGGAGACCUCCCCUUCACGCUCAGCUUUAUUUGCACAGCUUAACCAAGGGGAAGCAAUUACGAAAGGGCUCCGGCAUGUUACAGAUGACAAGAAGACGUACAAGAAUCCCAGCCUACGGGCUCAUGGAGGACAAACUCUAUCUCCUACCAAAAGCCACACUCCAGGCCCCAAGUCUCCCCAGUCUCAUCCUCCUAAGAAACAUGCUCCUGUAUUAGGGUUGGAAGGGAAAAAAUGGAGAGUGGAGUAUCAAGAGGACAGGAAUGACCUUGUGAUUUCAGAGACUGAACUGAGACAGGUGGCUUACAUUUUCAAAUGCAACAAGUCUACUCUACAGAUAAAAGGGAAAAUUAAUUCCAUUAUAAUUGACAACUGUAAGAAGUUUGGCCUGGUGUUUGACAAUGCAGUGGGCAUUGUGGAAGUGAUCAACUCCAAGGACAUUCAAAUGCAGGUAAUGGGGAAAGUGCCAACAAUUUCCAUUAAUAAGACAGAAGGCUGCCACAUAUACCUCAGUGAAGACGCAUUAGACUGUGAGAUUGUGAGUGCCAAGUCAUCGGAAAUGAAUAUACUUAUCCCUCGGAAUGAUGAUUAUAGAGAAUUUCCCGUUCCUGAACAGUUCAAGACAGCAUGGGAUGGGUCCAAAUUGGUCACUGAACCUACAGAAAUUAUGGUUUCUGAGAGACCACCGAAACCCCUGACCUGAAUCCUGCCACCCCCAUCAAAAAAACAAACAAAAACAGCAGCAUAAAAGACCUAGAAGUUGCAGUAGCACCUACUGCUUUAGUUUUGGCCUCCAAUAAUUCUGUGCUAUAGAAACAGCAUCAUUUCUGGCACGCCUUCGUGGGCAUUUUGAAAUAUUUAACAUUUCUUCAUGAUUUGCCUUUGUGUGUGAUUUGAGUUCCACAUGAUGACUUGUGAGCAUUAUAUAUUUAAAGGGAAAAAAAGAUAAUUCUGUUCCCCUCAUAUCAUUAUCACAGUAGCUAAGAAGUAAAAAUAUUGCAUGACUCACGUUUACACUUAUGCUUAAUUGCUAGUUGAAAAAUAAAACCCUUGAGAAUCUAAGAUGUACAUUUUUAUCUUUUAGACAGUUUCCAUAUAUGUGGUAGUAGUGUGCUCUAAAAAAUGUACGAUUUUUGUUUGCUUAUUUUUACCACCUUUAUCAGCAUGAAUACACUGUCAGCCUGAACACAUAUUUCAACCCAUAUUUUUAAAAAACAUGAAGUGCCAUACUAAGAACCGUAUCCAGUUUCUUGGUCCUUGAAAAGACCUGUAUUCUUUAAAGUUACCAAAAACCAAAAGUAAACUCUAAUGAUGUAUCUUAAAUAUUUUUUUCCAUGUCACUUGGAAAACGUUUACUUUUCUGAGAUUUUUAUGCCAAAAGAUUGAUGGACAAAGCAGGGCGUUUUUUGCUCUAUGUAAUACCUCACAAUUUUGCUCUAGGAACAAGCUCAGUUGUUUUCCAGUUUUGAACCUGUGAAAUAUCAGAUGCCUUGUAAGUGAUGUCUUUAAUGUUUUAAUAUAGACUUUCUUCUUUCCCACUUGCCAGACUUGCUAACCAGUCUCAAAAA